GGCUGAGCCGAGUCGAAACUUCGAAAUCAAGGGUGCUCAGAGGGCAUGGUCUAUCUUAGGGAAAACAAAACCAGCGUCUGGAAGGUUCCUUGGCAACGGUGAUCACUUUCCGAGGGAGUAAAAAUGGAAAGUACCACUAGUGGUUGGAACGUUGGCCGACCAGCAGUUGGCGCUGAGUGGGUAUCAAUCAUCCAGGCCCGUUCUUCGGGAUGUACCGCGCGACUUUAUGCCAACUAUAAUAUUCUCGGUGCCUGCUGGAGUCUUUUAAUACCGGACUACUGUGCCACAGCACACACCUCUGCUUCCUGGCCCUUCCCUCUUUCUUAGUUCCGAACUUUUGUUCUUCCCUUUCAAUUUAUCCCCGAUGUCCGACGACAUGCCACUUCCCCCUCUAAACAUUCGCGAGUUUGCUAUAGAUAUAGCACAUCGUUUGUCGUCAUUACGGGAUUUCUUAGAGGCGGCGGAGCAUCUUAUGAAACAUAACAAUUUAUUCACUGACGCCGUCGUCAAACACCACGGUAGGAAGUUACUUGCCAUAGUCGAGGUGGCACGGAUGACUCUCACUCAAGUCGGCCUCAAGCUUCACCUAUUUACGUCGUGCUCAGCCGAGUAUCAGCCAUUCAAAUCUGCUUAUUUUAAAAUGCUUGUCCUUCUGCGACAACAUCGGGAGGAGUUCCCGGCCGAACUUUUAGAACGAGUAGAUAGACUGCUUCUGCCGCUCACCACCCGCUUGGUCAUUUGUCACAACAGCGAUCCCUAUGCACAACUUGGCAUAGCGGAGUCAAUGAGGAACUUCGCCACUGCUCAGGCGAAGCGCACUGCACCUGUGCUACAAACGCCAACCGAUCAGCACAGGCGUACGCCACCGUGGCCAAUCAAUAAUAUUGCCGCAUCGAUGCCUCCACCGGAUGCUUUCCCUUCGAAACCCUCCCCUCACGAAGAAAAGCACUGCCGGCAAUCAAAGAAGAAGACUCGAUUGAAUUCUGGUCACUCUCGACCUGUCCACCGACAGCAUCCUUCCCACCCGCCUCCCGACCCUGACCCAUCCGGCGGUGAUGAUGCAACGAGUACGCCUAGAGUUUUCACACGCACCCCUCGACACUUUGGAAUUUUUUGCACCGGAAAACCUCAGUCCCAACAAUCUUGGAAACGCACAUGCUGAACGUCCCCAUGUCUCAAUCACAAUCAUCUACCCCAUCUGUCUCUCUGGCUCUCGUUGUUACUUACAUUUUAUUUGGAUCUCUCUAAAGCAAAGGGGGACGUCUAGUUGCUGUACGAAUGGGAGAAU